CGGACACGCCCCUCUCACCGAUCUCGGCAUCCGUGGACGGAGAGUAACAGCAGCCGUAGUAAUUUCACAUGCAUUGAGACAACAUUCUGUGUCACCGUGACAGAAGAAGCUGCCGCGCGUCCGACAGAGAGGGAAUACUGAAACUGUACCGGACUCGUUUCAUCCAACCGUUUAUAACGACAGCAGCCCCGGGCAAUGACAUUAACCUAUUGAAAGAGGAAUAUUAAAAGGAAAACGCUAAGAUGACGGUGGACUUUGAAGAAUGUAUUAAAGACUCUCCACGAUUCAGGGCGGGCAUCAAUGAGGUGGAGACGGAUGUGGUGGAGAUCGAAGCGAAACUAGAUAAGCUGGUGAAGUUAUGUAGCGGUAUGAUCGAGGCGGGCAGGGCGUACGUAAGCGCCAACAAGCUGUUUGUCAACGGCAUCAAAGACCUGUCUCAGCAGUGCAAGAAGGAAGAAAUGAUCUCUGAGUGUCUGGAGAAGUGUGGGGAGAGCCUGCAGGAGAUCGUCAACUAUAACAUGAUCCUAUUUGACCAGGCCCAGAGGUCAAUCAAACAGCAGCUCCACACCUUCAUCAAAGAGGACGUGCGUAAGUUCAAGGAGACUAAGAAGCAGUUUGACCGUGUGAGGGAGGACAUGGAGAUAGCCCAGGUGAAGAACGCCCAGGCCCCCAGGAACAAACCUCACGAGGUGGAGGAGGCCACUUCCUCUCUCACCCUGACCAGGAAGUGCUUCAGGCACCUGGCCCUGGACUACGUACUGCAGAUCAAUGUUCUUCAGGCUAAGAAGAAGUUUGAGAUCCUUGAUGCAAUGCUGUCGUUCAUGCGAGCCCAGUACACCUUGUUUCAACAGGGCUAUAAAAUAUUGGAUGAGAUUGAUCCCUACAUGAAGAAACUAGCUGCAGAGCUGGAUCAGCUGGUCAUAGACUCAGCCAUGGAGAAGAGAGACCUGGAACACAAACACGCUACCAUACAGCAGAGGACUCUGAUGGAGGACUUCUCCUAUGAUGAUAAUAAGGUGGAGUUCAACGUGGACGCUCCUAACGGAGUGGUGAUGGAAGGUUACCUGUUCAAGAGGGCCUCCAACGCCUUCAAGACCUGGAACAGACGGUGGUUCUCCAUACAGAACAGCCAGCUGGUCUACCAGAAGCGACUUAAGGAUGCCCUGACGGUGGUGGUGGAGGACCUGAGGCUGUGUUCAGUCAAACCUUGCGAGGACGGAGAGAGGAGGUUCUGCUUCGAGGUGGUGUCCCCCACUAAGAGCUGUAUGCUCCAGGCAGAGUCAGAGAAGUUACGGCAGGCCUGGAUCCACGCUGUACAGGCCUCCAUCGCCUCUGCAUACAGAGAGAUAUCAGACAACUACUACAUCGAGCGUCUGGAUCGGACAGCCUCCCCCUCUACCAGCAGUAUAGACUCAGCCAGCGAGCCCCGGGGGGAGAAAGGGGGGAGAGGGGGUGAGGGCAGGGGGGAGAGCAUCCUCCACCGGGUGCAGACCCUACCGGGUAAUGAGCUGUGUUGUGACUGCUCCCAGGCUGCACCAUGCUGGGCCUCCAUCAACCUGGGAGUCCUGCUCUGCAUCGAGUGCUCUGGCAUACACAGGAGUCUGGGGGUUCACUGCUCCAAGGUGCGUUCACUAACACUGGACUCCUGGGAACCAGAGCUACUCAAGUUGAUGUGUGAGCUGGGUAACAAUGUGAUUAACCACAUCUAUGAGGGAGCCUGUGAGGAACUGGGAUUGAAGAAACCUGGACCUUCCAGUCCUAGACAAGAGAAGGAGGCGUGGAUCAAGGCUAAAUAUGUGGAGAGGCGUUUCCUGAAGAAGAUGAGCGUCAGUGGCUCAUUGGUUGAAGGGGAGAGGAAGUCCCGCCCCUGGAGCGUGAAGAAGUGCCAUCGCCACAACAGCUCAAUGCGAGGAGCGCCCAAAACCCGCCGGAAAUACCGACACGACCCUGCUUUGAUUUCACCGGGAAACCUCUCCGCAGCUGCAGCGAAGCUCCGUCGUGACUCUCUGUUUUGUCCCGAUGAGAUGGACAACCUCUUCUCCUACUUCGACACCGGCAACGGCACCCGCAGCCCUGCAGGUCUGAGCAGCGACAGUGGGCUGGGAGGCAGUACAGACGGGAGCACAGAUAUCCUGGUGUUUGGCUCAGUGGUCGACAGUGUCACCGAGGAGGUAGAGUGUGAGGGUGAGUCAGAAGAGGAGGAGUCUAGUGGGGAGGUGGAGAUAGAGCAGGAGGCGGGAUCAGACCCUGAGGAGCCCCUCCCCCCGGGGGCGUUGCUCUACCGGUCGUCACGGCUACACAACCUGCCACUCAUGGCCGAGGCGCUGGCACACGGGGCAGACGUCCACUCUGCCAGCGAUGAGGAGGGGAAGACCCCGCUCAUACAGGCCGUGACAGGGGGCUCUCUAAUAGCGUGUGAGUUCCUGCUGCAGAAUGGGGCUGAUGUGAACCAGAGGGACAUGAGGGGGAGAGGACCCCUACACCACGCUACCUACCUGGGACAUACAGGUCAGGUGUGUCUGUUCCUGAAGAGAGGGGCUUGUCAGACGGAGGUUGAUGAGGAAGGUCACGACCCUCUGAGCAUGGCUGUCCAGGCCGCUAACGCCGAUAUUGUUACACUGUUGCGGUUAGCACGGAUGAAUGAGGAGAUGCGCGAGGCAGAGGGUCCGUUUGGUCAGCCAGGUCAAUACCCCAGCAGCUCACCAACUGAACAUCAGUACAGGAAAUGUAUUCAGGAGUUUAUCUGCCUCACAAUAGACUACUGUUAGGGGGCACCACUGAGGCAGGGGGCGCCACUGAGGCAGUGUGCAUCCCAAAUUGCACCCUAUUCCCUAUGUAGUGCACUACUUUUGACCUGGGCCCACUACAAAAGUAGUGCACUACAUAGGGAAUAGGGUGCAAUUUGGAAUACAGAUUAGCCACUACUAACUGGGCAUAUAUAGGCAUAUCAUACAGGGCAGAGUAGUAGGGUGAAGUUACCCUUAGAUAUACUGGUCUGGAGUCAGUUUUGCAUUGUUACCGUAAGUGGUUAGGGUUAUGAUUUGUAGAGGGUAAAGCUGAUUCUAGAUCUGUGUCUAAGAGCAACGUCUACUGGGAGUGUGUGAAGAGAAGAUGAGUGAGGUGAGAGAAACAAGGCCCUACUGACCGUAGCGCAGAACAACGACAUUAUAUCUUUCCAACAAAAUGCUUCUCUUCUUGCUAACCUGGCGUCUAUAUCCAGAUCUUUUAACCACAUAGCUAGCUGCUUUCCACACCAUUCAUAUUAUAAACUGAGUGAAACAGAGUGUAUCUGGCUGUUCCUAAUAGUCUUGUCUGUGGUUCUCACUGUCAGGCCGUUUACUCGCUAUUCUGCUCAACACUCCUGCCUCUCGUACACUCUUAGAAAAAAACUAAAAAGGUGCUAUCUAGAACCAUUAAUGGUUCUUCGGCUGUCCCCAUAGGAGAUCCCUUUGAAGAACCCUUUUUGGUUCCAGGUAGAAUCCUUUUGGGUUCCGUAUAGAACCCUUUCCACAGAGGUUUCUACAUGGAACCCAAAAUAGUUCUACCUGGAACCAAAAAAGGUUCUCCUGUGGGCACAGCCAAAGAACCCUUUUUAUCGUAGCGUAGGCCUUCCUGUCCAUAUAUUACCUUCCCUCUCUUACCAGUAAGGACCUAAGCUUCCACAGAGUCUUUACAAUAUUAUUCUACAGUGUUCUAUUCAGCAUUUUACAGUAGUUUAGAACAUUAUAUUAUGGUGUUCUAUUCAGCAUUUUACAGUAGUUUAGAACAUUAUAUUAUGGUGUUCUAUUUAGCAUUUUACAGUAGUUUAGAACAUUAUAUUAUGGUGUUCUAUUCAGCAUUUUACAGUAGUUUAGAACAUUAUAUUAUGGUGUUCUAUUUAACAUUUUACAGUAGUUUAGAACAUUAUAUUAUAGUGUUCUAUUUAACAUUUUACAGUAGUUUAGAACAUUAUAUUAUAGUGUUCUAUUCAGCAUUUUACAGUAGUUUAGAACAUUAUAUUAUUGUGUUCUAUUCAGCAUUUUACAGUAGUUUAGAACAUUAUAUUAUAGUGUUCUAUUUAGCAUUUUACAGUAGUUUAUAUUCCAGAAUUUGAUAAUACCAUAAGAAUUUAUCAGCGGCCCAUUGUGUUAUAAUUAAUUAGAAUCUAUCGAUUUAGAAAUAAUGGCAUGAUUACAGUAUGUCUAUAACUCCGUAUUCCUUAAAGGGUUAAAGCUGGUCUGAAAAGGAAGCCUUUUUGUCCUUAUAUCUUCUGUGGGAGAUCUAGGUUAAAUGUAAUUCAGUGGCGACAUGUGCAGGGCAGGACUUGGUUCCAACUGUUGUUCUACAGUGGCAUGAGGUUACAGUGAUAUGGAAUGGGUGUUGUGUGGCUGCUAUAGGCAUGGUCAAGGAAGGUCCACUGCGUUAGUCUGUGAAGGUGGGGUCGUCAUGGUUUACUGUGUGUAAUGGGAAGGGACGGAUGGAGGGGUGAAGUGGUAAAAAAAUGUGAUGAGAAUACUGAAGGACUGAUGGAUGGAGAAAGAGACAAACACCUGCUUUGUUGUUACUUGCGAGUGAGGUGAGUGAGGUGAGUGAGUGAGUGAGUGAGUGAGUGAGUGAGUGAGUGAGUGAGUGAGUGAGUGAGUGAGUGAGUGAGUGAGUGAGUGAGUGAGGAUUAAAUGCUAUAUUAUUAUUAUUAUUAUUAUUACGAUGAGAUCUUAAUGUAAAAUACUUUCCCUUCCUACGGUAAUGUGAUUUCUUUAUAGUUGUUGUCGUGUUUACGUCAUGCUCUCUCAUUUUGCUUGUUGAGUUUCUGUCUUUUUGUUUGUAUUCGUUUAUUUAUGUUAAAAUAGGGUAGCAAAAUUCCACUCCGGAAUCUUCCAUACAGGAUUUCUAGAAAACCGAGGAAUUUGGGGAAAGUUAUUGGAAUUUUGUAAUCCUACGUUCAACCAGGAGGACUAGUGCAAUGAUGAUUAUUAGGAUUCACAAUUCAUAUGUUUCUGUAAAUUAUUUUCCUUUUUUUUUAAUCUUUCAAACUUUUCAAUAUCCUCACUUUUUUUUCUUACUGGAUAUGUUUUGGUCUGGUCUUGCGUCAUUGUGCCACACACACAUUCUGGCUUCAGUUCUAAACAAGGGUUUCACCAACCCUGUCCCUUCAACGUCCCCACUGAACUAUACCUAGAAUUACUGUACUAGACUUUUUGAAAAAUCAUUUAUUUAUAGACAUUCUAGUGAUUACGUGUUUCUAUAUCUAUAUUUCAAACCUUUUUUUGAUUACAGUCAUUCAGUGUUUACUGAUAAAGACAUCUUCUUCACGACCACACCAGUGGUGCUUUGGUUGACUUAGGGAGAGGAAGAGCUAGACCCAUUGAAUUAUCAUCAAAACACAUUGUAAUUCUAUGGUUACAACUGACUGUCUUCUCUGGUCAUCAUUGCUCAAUGCUCAUUAUAUUCUGCAUGCUUUUCGGUUGUGACCAGAACGUUCUAGAAUGUAUGUACGCGUUCUAGAAUAUGCUGUUGGGCGUUUUAGAAUGCUGCGUAGUUCUUGGGGGCGUUCUAGAAUGCUGUCUGCAUUCGGAGCAUGACAAUCUCCUAUUGGUCCCCUCAUGGUGCUGUGCAGUCCUGUUAAAAAGCAUGAGCUACUGUACAGUACAGCCACUUCCUCUGAUGUCCUAAAACAACUUCCUCCUGUCUCUUUGGUAGACAUAUGGACCUCUGUGCCAUCUCUACGUCCACUUCUGGACCAGCUAUAGCUUCACUGUUUUGUCAAUUUGAUUUAUUUUUCCUUUUUACUGAAACAUAGAGCUGAACUGUUUUUCAUUAGCUAGCCGACCUCUGUUUGUUCCUCAACUAUGUUGGCAUGAAGUCCUAAAGGAGUUAGAUUUUUUUUGUUCUCUGCCAAAGACUUUGGAAAAGGGAAGUGUGCAACAGUGUUGUUAGGCAUCAAUCAGUUUAACUUCAGCGGAAAUACAUAAAUACAGUGUUUAACAUCUGAUAACAAGUGGUAUAGUGAAACAAAGUGGUAGAAACAGUGUCCGUCAGUGUUUUUACAAAAUGUUCAAAAGAAAAUGGUCACAGAACAAUUAUUAUUUUCAUCAAUUGUUUUUUAUUUUCAGAGUGUGGCAGCAGGUGAUAUUCUGCAAUGACCAUCUGAAAUGAUUUGGAAUUCAAAGCAAAACAAUGGGAGUGAUAAAUUGGAUAUAUUCGACCAGGGACUGUGACUAAAUAGGGUGGUAACCUAGCCCAGCUGAAGUGAUGGGUGUUGUUUCUUAGUGUUUUAACAUUGGAGUUAAAUGAUGCUUCUAAACAAACAAACAUGCUGUAAAUAAAAAUGUUUUUUUUUAUUUUAACUCUUGACUCAAACUGCCUGCGCUGACUUCCACAUUCCACCAUGGAACCCGGCCUGUUCCAUUCUGUCUGUUCUGAUUCUGUUCUCUUCUUCCAAACUUCCUGCUCUGACUUCCUCAUUCCACCAUGGAACCCGGCCUGUUCCAUUCUGUCUGUUCUGAUUCUGUUCUCUUCUUCCAAACUUCCUGCUCUGACUUCCUCAUUCCACCAUGGAACCCGGCCUGUUCCAUUCUGUCUGUUCUGAUUCUGUUCUCUUCUUCCAAACUUCCUGCUCUGACUUCCUCAUUCCACCAUGGAACCCUGCCUGUUCCAUUCUGUCUGUUCUGAUUCUGUUCUCUUCUUCCAAACUUCCUGCUCUGACUUCCUCAUUCCACCAUGGAACCCGGCCUGUUCCAUUCUGUCUGUUCUGAUUCUGUUCUCUUCUUCCAAACUUCCUGCUCUGACUUCCUCAUUCCACCACGGAACCCUGCCUGUUCCAUUCUGUCUGUUCUGAUUCUGUUCUCUUCUUCCAAACUUCCUGCUCUGACUUCCUCAUUCCACCACGGAACCCUGCCUGUUCCAUCUGUUCUGAUUCUGUUCUCUUCUUCCAAAAAUCUAUCUGUACAAUCUUUUGGAAUAUUGUUACAUAGCUAUCUCUCUGUACUACUUGGGGAAACAAACAUCCGUGUAUUAAUAUCUCUACAUUUGGAUAUCUUUGGAAUAACUUUCUUUGUUCCUUGGUUUUAGAAACACUGAGAUGGUGAUAAAAAAAAAUUAUGCAUAAAGAGAAUAAAACCAAGAAACUCUUGAACUCUUAACCUUG